GCUUAUUGAAUCCUUUCGCUGAGGAAAAGGGAAAAAAAAUUAUAAAAACCGUCUCGUGCUCCGUUGCUCGUUCUGUCACGAGCCGUGUCCGUUGCGAUCGACCGAGCGGGAAGGCCCGGAAACCGGCGCUGUGGAGCCCGGGUGGUGAUCCAGGUUUGACCAGAGAGAGAACCGAACCGAGCCGAGCCGAGCGCUGCGGGUGAUGUAGCCGCGCCGGACCGUGUGACCGCGCUAGCAGGGCUGUUAGUGACAGGGUUAGCUCGCUGACUCACAGAGAGCGGAAACCAGACAGGACACCGAACCGGGCUUUCUCCGCCGUGUCGUGUUUCAUAACCGACCGCUCAACAACCGGUAACGGUUAUUUAAAAUACAAUAAUUUGUGUGCGGUUCGUCAGGACCCGGUGGGCUUGUAGCGACCCGGAGUGAAUCAGCGCUUUAAUUCGGUUUGAAUGAAAUCCUGUAAACGGAACCGUCAAGUGACACCGAGGCACUAGAACUGGGCGCGAGACGCGGAUCUGACGCACUUCACCGGCGGAACAGACCGCUAGCGCCGUUAGCACGCGCGCGCGCAAAAAAACCGUGACCGAGAAUCCCCUCAGAGCGGCCGGGAGCAGUUUAGCAGCACAUUAGCUUCCGAGCUAACUCGGUGUUCUUUUGCUGAAUCCUGUUUGAUCCAGACGCUCCUCCAUCUGGGAGUCAUUUGUGUCUCUCACACACACUGAGCGCGAGAGAGUGAAGAUGCCGGCCGUGUCGAAGGGAGACGGGAUGCGGGGAUUAGCCGUGUUCAUCUCGGACAUCAGGAACUGUAAAAGCAAGGAGGCUGAGAUCAAGCGCAUCAAUAAAGAGCUGGCCAACAUCCGCUCCAAGUUUAAAGGAGACAAGGCUCUGGAUGGAUACAGUAAGAAGAAGUACGUGUGUAAGCUGCUCUUCAUCUUCCUCCUGGGCCAUGACAUCGACUUCGGCCAUAUGGAGGCUGUGAACCUGCUCAGCUCCAACAAGUACACUGAGAAGCAAAUUGGCUAUCUGUUCAUCUCUGUGUUGGUGAACAGUAACAGUGAACUGAUCAGGUUGAUCAAUAACGCCAUAAAAAACGACCUGUCGAGCAGGAACCCCACCUUCAUGUGUCUGGCCCUGCACUGCAUUGCCAACGUGGGCAGCAGGGAGAUGGCUGAGGCUUUCGCUGCAGAGAUCCCCCGCAUCCUGGUGGCAGGGGACACUAUGGACAGUGUGAAGCAGUCGGCUGCUCUGUGUCUGCUGCGUCUGUAUAAAACGUCUCCGGACCUGGUGCUGAUGGGAGAGUGGACGUCCAGAGUGGUGCAUUUACUGAAUGAUCAGCACAUGGGUGUGGUCACUGCAGCCAUCUCCCUCAUCACCUGCCUGAGCCAGAAAAACCCAGACGAGUUUAAGACGUGCGUGUCCCUGGCCGUGUCCCGGCUCAGCAGGAUUGUGUCCUCGGCGUCCACCGACCUUCAGGACUACACCUAUUACUUUGUCCCUGCUCCCUGGCUAUCCUGUAAGCUGCUGCGUCUCCUGCAGUGCUACCCUCCUCCUGAGGAUGGCGCCGUUAAAGGCCGUCUGGUGGAGUGUCUGGAGACAAUUCUCAACAAAGCCCAGGAACCUCCCAAGUCCAAGAAGGUGCAGCACUCGAACGCCAAGAACGCCAUCCUGUUUGAGGCGAUCGCUCUCAUCAUCCAUUAUGACAGUGAGCCGAACCUGCUGGUGCGGGCGUGUAAUCAGCUGGGUCAGUUCCUGCAGCACAGGGAGACUAACCUGCGCUACCUGGCCCUGGAGAGCAUGUGCACACUUGCCAGCUCGGAGUUCUCCCAUGAGGCUGUCAAAACGCACAUUGAGACGGUCAUCAAUGCCCUCAAGACAGAGCGUGACGUGAGUGUGCGCCAGAGAGCAGCUGAUCUGCUCUAUGCGAUGUGUGACCGCAGUAAUGCUAAGCAGAUCGUGGCAGAGAUGCUGAGUUACCUGGAGACGGCGGACUACUCCAUCCGUGAGGAGAUGGUGCUGAAGGUGGCCAUCCUGGCAGAGAAGUACGCAGUGGACUACUCCUGGUACGUGGACACCAUCCUCAACCUGAUCCGCAUCGCUGGCGACUAUGUGAGCGAGGAGGUGUGGUACCGCGUCAUCCAGAUCGUAAUCAACCGUGAUGAUGUGCAGGGAUAUGCUGCCAAGACGGUCUUUGAGGCCCUGCAGGCUCCAGCGUGUCAUGAGAACAUGGUGAAGGUCGGGGGUUACAUCCUUGGAGAGUUUGGGAACCUUAUUGCUGGUGAUCCUCGUUCCAGUCCGUUGGUUCAGUUUAACCUGCUCCACUCCAAGUUCCAUCUGUGUUCAGUUCCCACUCGUGCUCUGCUCCUCUCUGCGUACAUCAAGUUCAUUAAUCUGUUCCCCGAGACGAAGAGCACCAUCCAGGAGGUUCUGCGCUGUGACAGUCAGAUCAGGAACAGUGAUGUGGAGCUCCAGCAGAGAGCUGUGGAGUAUCUUAAGCUCUCUUCCAUCGCCAGCACUGAUGUCCUGGCUACAGUGCUGGAGGAGAUGCCCCCGUUCCCUGAGAGAGAGUCCUCCAUCUUGGCCAAGCUGAAGAAGAAGAAGGGUCCGGGUGCCGUGUCCAGCGCCGAACUGGAGGAUGGGAAGCGAGAGGGAGGAGAGCUGAACGGAGGAGGAGAGCGGCCUGGAGACGGCUCUGCCAUCACAGCUUCCAACGCAUCCACUCCCUCUCCUUCAGCCGAUCUCCUUGGUCUCCGCUCCUCCGCCCCGGUCAGUGCGGCCCCGCCCAGUGCAGGCGGCCUAUUGGUGGAUGUCUUCUCAGAGGCGGGGCCUGCUGCCGUCAGUGAUGAUGGUUUCCUCAGAGAUCUGGAACCUCCCACUGAGAGCUCUGACUCCUUAUUGGCUGAGGGUCCUGGUGACUCGGACUCCACUCCUCCCUCUGUGGCCUCUGAAGAUCCUGCUCCUCCUCUCCCUGAGUCAGACGAGCUGCUUAACAAGUUUGUGUGUAAGAAUAAUGGUGUUCUGUUUGAGAAUCAGCUGCUUCAGAUUGGUAUUAAAUCAGAGUAUCGCCAGAACCUCGGGAGGAUGUACUUGUUCUAUGGCAAUAAGACAUCAGUGCAGUUCAUCAGCUUCACAACCACUGUUAGCUGCCCAGGAGAACUUCAGUCUCAGCUGAACGUUCAGCUGAAACCUGUGGAUCCUCUGGUGGAAGGUGGAGCUCAGGUGCAGCAGGUCAUAAAUAUUGAGUGUCUGUCUGACUUCUGUGAUGCGCCACUUCUCAACAUCAAGUUCAGGUAUGGUGGAGCUCUGCAGAACCUCACGCUCAAACUCCCAGUCACAAUCAACAAGUUCUUCCAGCCCACUGAGAUGGCCUCACACGACUUCUUUCAGCGCUGGAAACAACUCAGCCAGCCCCAGCAGGAAGCGCAGAAGAUCUUCAAGGCAAACCAUGCCAUGGACACAGAAGUGCUCAAAGCCAAGUUGUUGGGAUUAGGUACAGCUCUUCUGGAGAACGUGGAUCCGAACCCUGAGAACUUUGUGUGUGCUGGAGUGGUUCAGACUAAAGCACAGCAGGUGGGCUGUCUCCUGAGACUUGAACCCAACGCCCAGGCCCAGAUGUACCGGUUGACUCUGCGCAGCAGUAAGGACACUGUAGCUAAGCGUCUGUGUGAGCUGUUGGCGGAACAGUUCUAGAACCAGCGUGCAGACCAUCAUGUUCUCGAGCCAGAGCAGACCAGCGUCCCACCCUCCUCCACCCUGGAACAUUCUCUGUUCAUACAUAAGGGAAAAACAACUGCCUGUCCAUGGCGGCCAUAAUUACUGUCCUCAUCCUGAUUAUUGUACAUCAGCAUUACCAUUCCUAUUUUUAAUUGUGUGUGUGUGUGUGUGUGUGUGUUCUGCUUGUUAACCUGUGCUCGUGUUGACAGCUGGUGUGUUGUACUGAAUGAAAGGAAAGACCGAGUGAUCAAUAGGGAGAGAGAUGGAGAUUUUCCCCCCCCUUUUCUUGCUUUGUGUGUGAGGGAGAGAGAGAUCUGUAACAUUUCAACCUGUAAACAUUCCUGAGACCGUUAGCACGUCCACACGUGCGUGCGCACACUCGUACUACUGCACAUGCUGAACUGUUUUGUUGGUGCAUUCCAUGUUGAGUUAUAGGGGAGUCUGUGAGAGGAACAAAACACUGCAGUCUGAAUACACUAAAGAAACCGCACUCCCUGACUAAAUGCUUCACUAACGCGCCUCUGUCCCCUCCCCCCCCCGUCUCUUCUCUCCAGAGCCGAUGGCACUCUGUGGGACAGACAUGGGGUUCUGAGUGUGUUGGUGUUACUGUGACCCCAACGUUCCCUGAAAGUGAGUGCAGGCCAGUGCACUUUACAGGCCUGGAGAGAAGUGAGGUGUCUGUAGACUCCUCCCUGAUCACACUAACUUCUCAUGAUUUAAUAUAUUAUAACCAUGCUUAACGAAGAAAUUUACAUGUUAAAUAUAAAUUGUAAAAAUAAUCACGUCUUAGUUUUGAUAGUUGUGUUGUGGACGUAUCGUUUUCAGGCAUUCCAGUAGGUGUGUAAGGUAUUGCAUCUGCAGGUGUGGAGGUAGAGGAUCUUACAGGAGCAGGGUGAGAGUGGCGUUCUGCUGAGAAGUGAGUUCUGAAAAUGUUUUGAGCUGAAGGAGAACCAGAGAGUGUGGGGUUCUCGGUCACUCCCUCCUCAUACACUGCUGCAGUUGCACCUGAAUGUCCUGUCCUGUACAGAACCUGUAUGACCCUGAGGCCCAGUGCAUCUCCCUCUGCUGAACAGAAUGAUGGGAUCAGAUGCGUCUGAUCUUCCUUCACGUUUGUCAGGAAGUGGUUUUUACUCCUCUUCCUAAGGGAGAUGUGAUUCAUGUGGAUGCCGAUGCUCAUGUCUACAGAUUACCAUCAUCUUCAUGUAGAUGACUUAGAGCACUUAAUCUUUAAACACUAACAAAUGAAGUUUAGAACAUGAAUGCACAGAACAGGCCAGAAUUUUAACGCUCUCUCGUGUAUUGUGAGAGAGGGCUCAUGAGCUGAAUCUUGUGGGGGGGUUUGCAGUGAAGUGUGUUCAGAUGAGACAGACAUAGGAGGAAAUCUUCCUAAAUCUGUUUUGAUGGACUUUUACAUGCUGUAAUAGUUCUGGUGACCUCACACUUUCCUGAAGGUUGUGUGGAAUCUCUACGCCAUUGGAGACCCACAACUCCCUGUUGCUCCUUCUGAAAAAGUAGAGUGCUCUUCAGUCAAGGGAAACGACCUUCUCACUCACAUCCACAGCGCUGUUCCUGUAUGUGUGACUGACAGCUGGAAGCUGCUUUCAUCCUGUAGGUUAUCACGUUUCACUCUAAUAUCUCUAAUGGGGGGGGGGGGGGAGAACUUAUUGGCAAUUUGAGAACUUUGUCAUUAGUUAAAUGAAGUCACUGUUUCACUGCACUGCAGCUGUGAUGCAUUGAUGGGAUUUUUGUCAUUGGGGGGGGUGCGCGCAUGUUUGUUUGCAGUAUCUGCUAGCUAAUGCAGCCCCAGUGUAUCGGUGUUGAACCUGUCAGAUACCUGUGCUAGAUAAAAUUUACUCUGUACUGAAUAAUGUGAAAGUAAAACUAUGCCAUAUACUCA